AUGACUCAAUUACCUCUUCCAUACUACAACGAUGAUCCAAACUCAUUCGCUUAUCCUACAGUGCAUAAAAGAUGGCCUACAAUCAUCGAAGGAUGCAUUAAGGACAUGAAAAAUGAGAUUGAAUCAGAUCCUAAGUUGGAAAGUUCAGGAUCCGACAUCAUUAAUAAGUUACAGGAACUCUUAGUUGCGUUCAAGAACGAUGAAGAGGUACAGUUAUUUAGCGAUGCUGCAAUCAAAUUGAAUCCUUCGUUAGCUCGUUAUAACGACUCAUUAGUUGAACUCAACAAGACCAAAAAAGUCACCUGGUUGACUGGACCGUGGUUAAACUUGGAAUGCUAUUUAUAUCAGAUUAUUAAUCAAUAUUUCAUUUCGUCUGAAGAAUCUUAUUGGCAUGAUUUUGAUGUUUUUGAAAACUUGAAGAACCAAACUUUUCAACAAUCGGAGCUUGGCGUAUUAGAAUUAUGCAAAAGAUAUGAAGUUCUCACUACUCAAUUAUCCAAAGAUUUAGAUAACGAUACUUUGAGGCUCCUUUUUUCUGAAUUUAUAGAUAUUUCAUUAUGGGGUAAUGCUACUGAUUUGUCGUUAUUAGCAGGAAAUGUUACUCUUGAGGAUAUUCAAUCAGUUCAAGGUGAAGCAAACAGAAAGAAAAACGAAGAAAACAUUUUGGUCAAUGAUUUGUCAAAAGCUUGGGAGCACCUUUUAAAAAGUGAAUCUAAAGAAAAAAGACUCGAUAUUGUCUUAGACAAUUCAGGGUUUGAAUUGUUCGCUGACUUAAUAUUCGGGUUAUUUGCUUUGGACUCGGGAUUGGUAAGUGAGAUUUAUCUUCAUUGUAAAGAUAUUCCUUGGUUCGUAAGUGAUGUAAUGCCAAAAGAUUUCCAUAUUCUUUUAAAACAAUUAAUUGACCCUGAAUUCUAUGGUAGCCUUUCGUCUAGCAAAGAAAAUUUGCAAGCCAUUUCAACUGUACAAAAGAGAAUAGCAAAUUAUCAUAAGUCUGACAAGAUAGUUAUCAAGUCUCAUCCAUUCUGGACUUUAGACGACAAAUAUUGGACUAUUCCAAAAUUCGACGACUUAUAUAAGGAAUUAUUGAAAUCAAACCUAGUUAUAUUCAAAGGUGAUUUGAAUUACCGUAAAUUAACAGGUGAUGUACAAUGGGAAACAACAACCCCUUUUACCACUUCUAUUCAACAAUUGGCUUCAUCAAAAUUACCAAUUUUGAGUUUGCGUACUUGUAAAGCCGAUGUAGUAGUCGGUUUACCAAAGGGGUUGAACGAAGAAUUAAUUGAAAAAUACAAAUCCAUGGGUAACGAAAAGGGAGAAUUUUGGAGUUCUUCUGGUAAAUGGGCUGUCAUAUCCUUUUCGGACGGCCAAAACUAG